AUGCCUCCGCCCUCUUCCACCCAUCCAACAGCCACUCCAAAGCGAGACGUGCCCUGCUGCAGCGACACCGAUUUCAUGGUCAGCCAGCUCGCCGCCCUCGCUGCAAGUGUCGGCCGAUCGUCUGCCACUACAACGUUGCGGUCCAAGCGAUCGUCUUCACGGUCCCUCGUGACAACGACCACCACGCAAUCCACCACCAUCGGAAAUGCCGCCGACACGCAACUGGUGGAAGAAGAGUCAUUCCACUACUUGCACAGUCUGAUCACCGUCUCCUGUACACCGCCGCCUCCACCAGGUCACCUGUCACGGCCCUCGACCACUGACGAGCCGGAGACGUCGUCAUCAGGUCGCAAACGCGCAUCGUCGAGUUUGAGCCUUCGCCUCGGCGACCUAUCGGGACUUUCUUUUCCAACCAAGUUAUCACGGAAGCCCUGUCCUCGCUAUACUACCCUGCCGCCAAGAUACUCGCCCAAGCGCAUUGCAGUCCGGCCAGAGGUACGCUUUUGA